AUGUCGUUGAGCGUGUUGAACCCGCUUUCGAAGCACUCGCAGUUCACAUUGCACACGCCGCUGCCGACCACCACCGAGUAUGUGGACCCGUUCAUCGCCGUCAAGGAAAUGCUGUGGCUGCUGCCGGGAAUCAAUGGGAUCGUCAGCAGCACGCUGGACAGGAUGGAGAAGGCCUUCGCUUACAACUCGGUCUACCUCCUCAAGAUCAUAUUGGAUCUGCAGUCGCAGUAUCUCCCGUUGCGGCCCGUGUCGCCCGAGGCGAUGCUCAGCGAACAUGGCAUCAUCCGGAUCGCCUGCGUGUUGUCCGGAAGACUAGCCAAGAAGGAUAGCGAUGCCGCGUCGCUUUCGCGAGAACUGCAGCUGCGCACGCUCAUAUCUGCACUUUCGUUGCUGCACCAGUUGAAUUCCGGGAACUUGGACAGCGAUUCACAUACCAAGCUGCUGCGGAACCUUACCGAGCGAGAUUCGCACAACGAAGCGAAGCGGGAGCAGGGUGGGCCCGACAGCUUUAGGGCCGGCGAGAAUGAGUUUCUUACGAGAUACGGUUGUGACCUGGUCAAGUGCUUGCAGGCAGAGCUUCCGAUACCAAAGGAAUUGAAUCGGGAAGCUAUUCACUUUUUGUUCGCGGCGGGGUUCAUCAAUCAACUGGAGGCCCAGCCUAGCAAGCAGAUGAUCGCCGCGGUCUUUGCCAGGGUUUCUGCUCCGCCGACGCACUGGUUCGAGGACAUGCGGGGCCUCUACGAGAGCGCAGUCGACGCCAUCCUCCUGCAUCACCAGGAAAGAUCGUCGAACUUGAGACAGGGUCCUUCACUACAGGCUGCAAUUCGGGCCAGCGCCGUUGCUCAGACUAUCAUCGAAAGGUUGGAGCUACAGCUCGCGGCUUUCGAUGAAAACAGAGGCAACGACGAAAACAAUUGGGGAGCUGCAGACGGCAGUCACAUCGGGCUUUCCAAAUUGGAUGUGCAAAUAUUCACAUGUGGCCUUUUGGAUCUCCUCAGCCAGUUGGUAGCAACAUUCCCAGGAUCGGAGGAUAUUGUUCUAGGUGCUAGAGCUCUCGCGCUAAGACUUAUCCGGACUUCGGGCGAGAAGGCAUUCAGAUACAAAGGUUUCGAAAUCGUUAUCUGUUCUACGCUGGGUGUCGGCGAGAAGGAGUAUUAUGACACCAUGCGUAACCUAGAGUUUGAGAUAGAGAUGACCUCUGCGCCCGAUGUGCUCGAUGCCCGGUCCAUGGAGGAAAAGCUGGAAUGGGUGCAGCAGCUCAAAUUGGAGAAACGAGAAGCCAUGGACCGCUGCGAGAAAAAGAAUGUGCUGUCCACCGGAGCGGCAGAGUCAAUCCAGAGACGUCUGCAAGCAAACACGGUGCCUCAAAUGCAGGCGUCACCCGGCGAAAUUGCCCAAAUCGCGGCCAGGUCAAUAGAGGAUGUACGUACCGCGAGCCCAGUCCCGAGCAGUUUACCAAGCCAAGUUCCAACACUCUUCAGCACGGAGGGUCAAUCCUGGGAAAGCGUUUCUAGUGACAGCCCUACAUCCACUCCCACAUACGAGCCUUUGACGAUAUCACCCAGCACAAUCAGAUCGUCCGAAUUUCCUUUCCCGUCAGCAAUCAAUACACACAAUAUCGUUCUUAGUCCUGUAUCUCCUUCUUCUUGCUCUCCCAAGGAAUCCCCAAUAAUCCAGAUUUACACCCCUACGAUCCCCCGUAGGCUUCCCACAGCUUCCCCCGAGCCAGAGAAUACUGAUCCGUACCUUCACCGCGAACUGAGCCAAUUGUUUUCCUCUAGCAUUUCCCUCUUCGAUGAACCAGAGGAUAGCGAAGGCCAAAUUACCCCGAUAACGCCAACUCGGAAUGCAAGUCUCAACCCAACUCGGAAGCCAGUCCCAGUGUCCCGCCCAUCGUACUACUCUGCCCAAGAUCUGCCAUUCACGAACAAGCACAACCAGUCCGACCAGACGGUAGGAUCCUUCCAAAGCGACACCCUCGCGGACCAAUCCUCGCACUCUAGCGGGUCCGCACAUUCACUCUCCCGCAUGGCAUCUGCACAAACAAAGUCCACAUCUUCCCGAAGACCGGUAGCUAGACGGGCAUGGAGUCUCCAAAUUGAUAAAUCACUACCGCCAGUUGCUGACGGCGUGGAACCCUCAGAAAUGAGAAAGAAAGCGGCAGCAGCAGAAAAUGCGCCUGAACUGGCGGAAAUACAAUUACCCAUUUCAGACCAAUUCCAAAAUACACUAGGAACAAACGUAGAGACAUCUAACUAUGACUCGCUGUAUGGAUUCCACACACUGCAGCAAUCUCAAUUCGGCGGUGGUGGUGACGGUCGUGGUUCUUCGCCGCUCCCGCCGAUUGCUGAUAUCUGUGUCGAGUCUGUGACCGAACACCCAGGCCCCGUGGCGGACUAUGAUAAACCUGCAGUCGAGACAAUGUACAAAUUUCACUCGAAAGACUCGUGUUUCAGCACGUGCAUAUCUGCAGAUGGAAAGCAUGCGGUGUUUCUCUCGCCUCAUAGCUUCCAGGUCUUUGCUAUCCCCACGCCAGAACAGGGACCGGCCUCAACAUUGAAGCCGAAGUUCCACUACCGCCUGGGAGACUGGGAGGGUCUGAAGAAGGGGAAGGUCCGGUGGCAGUAUAUAGCUGCGGCAGUUUCCGACUCCUACGUUGUUACGAUUACCAAAGAACGGCUACAAGUCCACGACCUUGCCGCCGACAACCACGUAAUCUACAACGACACUAUAAAAGGCUGGGAAUACAGCGCAGUUUCCAUCUCCAGCACCGUGCUGAUCGUCGGCCUUUCUAAGCCCCUCAAGUCCGAAGCAAUCGGCAUGCUCCGCCUCUACCGGCAAAACGCGCACAGCUACGACGGCCACCGCUACGAGUGCGUGGGGAAAGACAUCCACCUGCCGAUCCACCCGCGGCAGCCGCAGGACUCGCCACACAUCCUCACACUCUCCAAAGACGGGCGUCACGUCGCCUGUGCCACCCCGCGCUUCGGCUACUACUUCGUCUGGAAUAUUUCCCGCCCGCACGAGCCGCAGCACCUCGCCACAUCCAAGACCUCAGGGGAGCACCUGACCUCCGUCACACUCCUGCCAGACGCACGGCACCUCCUCGUCAGCACGCUCCCCGCGAACUUCACCCCCAACAGCAACUCGACCAAGCACCGCUCCGCCGCGGCCGCCGAAGACGCACUCGCCGCGGCCGGCGCAUUCACAGAGGCGAUGUACGCUUCACCACUCUCUGGCACGGCAAGCCAGCGGCCGCUAUCGCUCCUCCCGCCGCGCAUCUUCCACGCGGCGGUCAGCCCGUCCGGCGAUGCGGCGGCAGUGCUCGGCAGGAACGGCACUGUCUGGGUCACACCCCUGGUCUGGCUCGAUGGCGACGAUAACCUCACGGAGCUGCCGCCCGCAAGAAGUGAUGCUAGACUACUAGACCCCCAGGCGGGGAAGGUGGCGUUUACGCCGGAUGGGAGGAGGAUUGUUGCUGUGGAUCGCAGGGGCAGGUGCUUAGUCUUGACGUUUGUGGAGCGUGCCGGGAGGGCGGGGGGUGCUGAGGGGAUGGCGGGGAGCUCGAUGUGGUAG